GCCCUGAGUCAGCCGACAUUUUGUUUCCGUGUGUUGUCUGAGAUUUUCUUCCCAACACCACAAAAAUGGUCUAAAAACGUCCCGUUUCGUCUUCCCGCUCGCCCAAGGAACCGGAUUUCUGUCCCCAAGACUGUUGAGAAGUGCCUUAAAGACUGGAACGUGUCGUAGUUUGCGUGGCGUUUGCGUAAAAUCCAUUGUUUGCUUUUUUUUUUUUUUUUGUGAGGCGCUUGAAGUUUUUGUUGAUCCUGAGUCCGGGUGAAGAUAUGACCAUGGGGGACGAUGCAGAACACUCCACAGUCGUCUCACUACCCCUGCACGUCGUCCUGUAUCCAGUAUUAGACGAGGUUCAGAAAAAAGAUGCAGCAGCAGCACAGACACUCAGGGCAGCAUUUAACAAGGCGGAACGAGAGAACCCAGGCUUGACCCAGGAAGUGAUUAUGGGAGUCCUACGGGGUCAGGGGUCAGAUGUCAAUCUGGUAGAAAGCCUCCUAAGGAUGUCUGCAGAUGAUUGUGAAGAGUACUCUCUGCACCGCCCGGAGAGGGAGUUUGUUCGUCUGAACGACAGGGCGCGGACGCUGAAACAGAUCCUCAGUAAAAUCCCCGACGAAAUCAACGACAGGUCAAAGUUCCUACAAACAAUAAAGGACAUUGCCAGUGCGAUUAAGGAACUUUUGGAUGCUGUGAACGAAGUCUUUAAAAGUCAACAGAGUCUCCACAUACAGGGGCAUAAAAAGCAACUUGAGUACCAGAAGAAGGAGUUUGUGAAACACUCGAAGCACUUCAGUGACACCUUGAAGGGUUACUUCAAGGAUGGCAGGGAAGUCAGCGUGUUCCAGAGUGCAAACCGUCUGAUCCACCAAACCAACGUCAUACUGCUCACCUUCAAAAACAUCGUAGGAAGGGCAUAGCAACGUGACCCGGGGGCGGAUGGCAAAGCAUUGUGGGAUAAAGUAACUUCCUGUCUGAAAUGGAGGCUGUUAUCAACCUGCAUGACACAACCGGGACUCUACCACUCCAUUUGUAGGGGUGGACAGGAUAUCCCAUGCUUCUGUAAUCAUAAAUCCAUGCUCGUAUGCAUUCUUGGCAGAAGGAUGAACAAAAUACUCCCCCCUCAAGUAUUGUACAUUUGUCCCUGAAAAAAAAUAUGCAAAGAUGUCUUCAUUACUGAAGAUUGACUUGUUCCUUCUUACAAAUUGUAACACAGAUCUGUACAUAACCUGAAAACUUUUGUCUCACAUGUUUGCACUUUUUCCUGUAGUGUUUAGCAAACCAGAAAAGUGGUGUGGGGGUCACGUGAAACUGCUCCCCCGUGCAGGUUGAUAACAAAUUGCAACUGAAGUAUUGUUUCGCCUUAACAUAUUAAGUCCACAUGGGUGUAGAGUAUAGGAAAGCCCACAGAAGUUGUAAAUUAAUAUAGGGUGGACAUGAUAUUGAUAGUAUAUUCUUAUGAUGUAUGUAUUCUAUGAAAACAAGACUAUGCUUGUAGCUUAUACAUGUACCUCAGUUGUGAUUUUAUGGGUAGAGAGAUCUAGAGGGGUCUGUGAAUAUGGAAUUCCUGUCCAUACUUGUAGUUGUAUGUUGUUGUCCUAACACACAAAGACUUACUAAUACAAAAAUAUCAUAUUGUGAAUCCGGGAAAAGGGGAGAUUUGAAACUUAUGUAAGACCCAAGGUUUUUUUUUUUUGAGGAGGCAUAUGAAUUGUUGUGUAAAGUUCUGAAUACAUGUAAAAAAUGUGUACUACUCUGUCCAUGUAGUCUGGGUAUUUUGCCAUCACAUCAGCAAACUGUUGUACAGUCUCAAUUAUUUAAUCGGCACAUAGUACAUGUCAUUGUAUAUGUAGCAUUGCCUGUUGAAUUGUUGUCAUCACCAUUUUUUUCCUGUUGUCUUAUGCAAAGCUUUUGUAU